AGGCUAGCUGGAGAAACAAUUCGUGGACGAAUUGUAUAGAUUUACCGGUAUACCGGUACUUUGACGCCACUUCUUCUGAUUUGAUUCUUGAAACUGAUGACCGAGAAUUUGGUUUUCCUCAUCUAUUGAUUCUCGAAGUUGUAUUGCUGCAAUAUUGCAGCCAUGAAUGAUACCAGUAAAGCAAGUGAGACGAUCUCUCAACCAAGCUUUUUUAGCAGAAUUGGGACUGGUUUAUCACAGAGGUAUCAAAGUCUUUUGGAUCGAUCUGUACCCUUUGCCAUUCCAAGGUGGAUUGGAUUUAUCAGCUUUUAUAUCAUUUAUUUAGUCAGGAUAUUCUUCAUUCAGGGCUGGUUCAUUAUAACAUAUGCUCUGGCGAUAUACCACCUGAAUCUAUUCAUUGCCUUCUUGUCACCCAAGAUAGAUCCAGCAGUUACAGAUGACCCAGAUGAUGAUGGGCCUGCAUUACCCACCAAAUCAGGACAAGAAUUCAGACCUUUCAUCAGAAGAUUACCAGAGUUUAAAUUUUGGCAUUCUGCAAUGAAAGCUAUAUUGAUAGCUAUGACUUUAACAUUCUUUGAAGUCUUCAAUGUUCCUGUUUUCUGGCCUAUCUUAGUUAUGUAUUUCUUCCUGCUUUUCUUCUUAACAAUGAGGAGACAAAUUGAGCAUAUGAUCAAGUACAGGUACCUACCUUGGACACGUGGUAAGACAAAGUACAAGGGAAAGGAAGAUACAGGCGAUGUGAUUGGCUCACAAUGACAUAAUGCCCCUAGCAGCGCAACCAAUCAGGACACAGAUAAACCAACAUAGAUCUUCUUCAGAUUGUUACAGGUCAACUUCCCUUGAUAUUCCCCAAACCAACCAUUUGUAUGUAUAUCACCUGCUGGAUAUCUGCCAUGAGUGUUUGUCUCAGUAGAGAUUAUCUUACUCAUACAACAAUUCCUUUCAAGAUCAGUUGUAAAUUUACAAUGGAAAUUAUCAUUUUGGAGUUGUUCUAAAACCUGUCCAAGUUGUUUCCAUCGUUAGUAGGGUUGUGCAGCACAUAGAUACAUGUAUAUGUUUUUAUCUUUUCUAAAGAUUUACAGAUUUGUUUUUGUAUGAAAUAAAGCAUGAGACGGAUGCUGAUUCGAGUUGGUCUCAUAUUCAUUCUGAAAGAUGUUUCACAGUGUGAUGGGAGUCACUCUUAAAUUCCCAGUUUCAUGCGGUAUGUAAGGUAUCACUGCAUUGGCCAAAUAAUGCUAUUGAAGAGGACGCACGCUAUUGCGUAUUAGUAAGAUUGUGCGUUACAUAUCAUGUGCUCAUUGGCAUUUAAGCACGGAUGUAAAGGCGACCGCACACCUUGCGAUUGGUCUGCGACUCAAUUUUGGAAUAAAACGUAGUAGAAUUUGAUGCUAUUGAGACUUGGAAUAUCUUACUGUGUAUGUUUGAAAUCAUCAUACGAAUACCUAUGUUUGAAUCUGUGACUAUGCUAUCAUCCUUCUUAGAAUAAAAGCGAAUUUAAUAUCUAGUCGUAAUGACGUCAUAGCAGUCGUAUGAUUGGCUACAAUUUGAAACUAAUUUGGCCUUUACUCCAAAAUAAAGGCUUACAAUCUUACAAAAUGGUAAUAUUAGUAUUCUUUCAAUUAAUUUUAACCUCAAAUAAAAUGAUGUGGUUCACUCACAUUUUCCGAAAAUGAGCAAAAUGCGAUUUGUUCCAAAAUUGGAUCGCAAACAUUGGUGAGGUGGCCUUAAGUCACACUGAACUCACACCCUCCAGGUGGGUGUUUCAUAAAGCUGUUCGUAAGUUAAGAGCGACUUUAAGAACGACUGGUGAUCCUUUCUUGUGGUAAAUGGUAUAUUCAUUGGCGAUGGUUAAGCCGUGAGAAAGGAUCACCAGUCGUUCUUAAAGUCGCUCUUAACUUACGAACAGCUUUAUGAAACGGCCCCCAGGUAUCAUUUUAUCCUGUUCUGAUCUCUGUAGAACAAUUGAUGCUAUUUGAAACUAUAGCUUUCCGUCUUAUUUUAGCUUUCUCACAAUAUUGGAAUGCAGUCAUGAACUUGAAUCAAAUGGAAAUCAGAGUAAUGAUCUGCAUCCAAUCUUGUUUAUUUUUAGUGUGGAUGGUUCUGUUUCACGGUUAUAGAUGUAUUAUUAUACCGUGCAGCAAAGAGCAUGCCUUCUGUAAUUGAAACUUUGAUGAAUUUAGAAAACAAAAAAAAAUAACAAGAAAGAACACAGGUUAAUCCUGUUGAAAUCAUUUAACUUGAUCUAAGGCAUGACACUCAAUUAAGUGUGAUCUUAGCUAUUCAAAGCACCACUUAUGAAUCUAUUUAAUGAAUCUUUUUAAAAUGAAUAAUGAAUUAAUGAAACAAAUAAUGAAGUGCAAAUAGCAAUAUUUAAGAUAAAGUUAGAUAGUUUUGUCCUUACACUACACCAUUUAGCAUUAGACCUAACCUAUGUGCCCAAUUUGAAACCCUUGAUAUAUAUAUUUUUUCCAAAUUGUAAGUUUCUUACUGCUCAAUUUUGUCAAACUUUCACAAAUCUUCCUCUCCCCUUUUUGUUUUAAAAUCUUACAGAACAAUUUGCCAUUUGGGUUGUGUUAAGAAUUUAAAAAGAAGUUAGAAACCGAAUUUGGUAUGAUGUUUUUAACACCAAAACGGGUAAUUUCAAUCAUUUAAAGGUUGUCUUGUCUGCAUACAUAGCAUAGGCGCCGCUUUUCCGGCAGCAGCGACGGCAUAAACAUUUAAAUCUUACCAAGGUUGAUUUUUUAAAUUCCAUCAUACUUAGAAAGUAUAUGAACCUAGUUCAUGAAAAUUGGACAUAAGGUUUAAAUCAAGUAUUACUGAACAUCCUCUGCCUGAGUUGCAAGUCACAUGACCAAGGUCAAAGGUCAUAAGGGUCUAUGAACUUAGUAUUUUAUUAUCAUGUAAAUGGUGUUUUUUGUGAAUAAUAAUUCAUCUUAGUCGUUUUCAAAGUCAACGCUGCUGCUAUAUCGCGUGAUGCAGGCGAGACUGCCAGAGGCAUUCCACUAGUUUUUUGGUUGACAUUUGAUUUCUCUCUUCACAAACUUGUUGAUAAAUGGCUAAUACUGCUUUAAAAAAUAAAUAAGUUCAUUCCAAGUAAAUGGUUUCUUAAAGUCGACUUUAUAAUUUUACAUAUUUAUCCUUUGUUAUGGGUUACAGUUUUAUCACCCUAUGAAAUUUUCCGAUUAUUUAAAUCAAAAUUUUUCUUAAUGCAUGCUCUUUACUUGAAGUUUUGAUGAGACUUGCCUUUUAAUUAGUGAAAAGGGAUUGUUAAUGUUGCACGUUGAGACAGAUUUUGUCCUGGCAUUUAUAUAUAUAUAACAUUGGGAUGUGAUGAGUGUGCCUCAUCAAUGUGUUUAAGAUGUCUAUUCAGCAUUUUAUGUUUAUGAAUUACCAAAGCAACACAAUAAAUCAGUUUGAUGGUCCAAAACUUAUGAGGCUAUUCACAAAAUUGCAACAUUAAAAAAAUUAUGAUUUUUGAAGUUUCUACCAGUUCACUUAAUAUAUCCAAUGGUAUGGUAUGGAAUAAUAAUAAUAAUAAUAAUAGGCAUUUAUAUAGCGCCAUCUAUCUAGAAAUAUUCUAUUCCGAGGCGCACAAGAAAAGAAAGAAUAAGAAAGCUUGGAUGAGUGUCAAAGUUCCAAUAACUAAUAUUGUUCGAAAAGAUAAGACUUCAGUUUAUAUUUGAAGGUCUCCAGUGAUGGUAUAAUUCUUAAAUAUAACGGCAAAUUAUUCCAGAGAGAAGGUGCAGAGGCAGAGAAAGCUUGUGCACCAUAUGCUACACGUGUCUUGGGAGUCUUAAAAGUUGCUGGUGUGAUGAUCUCAGGCUACGAGCUGGUGUAUAAGGCAUGACAAGGUAUUUUAGAUAGUUUGGUGCCAAACCAUUUAACACUUUCCAAGUGAGAAGAAGUAUUUUAAAUUCUAUACGCUUCCGGAUUUGCAACCAAUGUAACUUUUGGAGAAUUGGUGAGAUGUGUUGAUAUUUUGACAUACCAGUUAAAACCCUGGCAGCUGUAUUCUGAGCAUACUGAAGUUUAUUAACAUUGCGUGAGGUUAUAUUAAAAAGAAGAGCAUUUCCAACAUCUAAUCGAGAUAGUACAAAUGAGUGUAUAAGCAUAGCAGCAGACUUGUAGUCAAUGGCUUUCCUGAUGCUGUUAACAUUAUGAAUAUUAUAGUAUACUGAUUGACAUAUUUUCUUUACAUGUGCAUCCAUGGACAUAUUUUCAUCAAAUACGACACCAAGAUUUCGAACUGAUGACAAGGCUUUAAUCAAGGAGUCCCCAACCUGUAUAGUGCGGUCCUUAAUCAAAUGACUUUGUGAUUUAGAACUAAUAAUCAACAACUCUGUUUUACUUUCAUUUAAUUUCAACUUAUUAUUUAGCAUCCAUGACCGCAUAUCAUCUAUUGUUUUGGAAGAUGAAAUAUUAAAUAUUGCUUCUUCUUCCUCCAAUUGUUCAAAACCGGUAUGAACCCUCCAGUAUCUACACAAGAAAAGUGUAAAUAUUUGAAUUUCAAGAUAUGAAUUUUGUAAAAAGAAAUACAUGAAAAAAAAACCAUUAUCAUUAUGAACAUGUUUUCCGAUCUCAUUUAAUACUGAUCAUGUUAUCAGUGUGGGGGAGGGCAUUUCCAGCCUGCACCCCUACUCUAUGCAAGCCACAAUUAACAUUUUGAAUUGCCAAUUAAGUUUAAUUUUCCUCUAUAGAUUCCACUGAAUAACUAUCAGGAGUAACUCCACUAUCAAGUAACUCUUUGUAAGACGGGGGCCCAGAGAUAUGAAUACUUUUCACACAGUUAAACCAAUAUAGAUAAGGAUUGUAUUAAAAUGUGUGUUGGCUAUUAAAGUGUUUUCAACACAUUACAACAACAUAUUUCAAUGAUAUUAUCAGUAUUGUGCUUAAAUUAGUGUUUAUUUAUUUAAACCAACUUGCUUGAUAUUGUCAGCUUGAUCGCCAACUACAUGGCUAGGGUUUUAUUAGGGUUCAAGUUCUUCCUGUGAGUAAAAACCUGACUUAUAAGCUCCCAGAAUGAUCUCCUUAGUGGUAAUCAUGUCAGGUCUCUAUACAGACCUGGUGGGUGUUUCAUUAAGAACGACUGGUGAACCUUUCUUACACACUAAAUGAUCAUAAAUGGUGAAUAUCAAGACUAUCAAGAAUAUCAAGAAUAACAAGACAUGCACAUUACCGACUGUACCGUUCUUCUUUGCAUGAUUUACCCACCAGCCCAGUGCAUUGACCUGAUGAAGGAGCACAUAUUUGUUAAAGGACAAGUCCACCCCAACAAAAAGUUGAUUUGAACAAAAGGAGAAAAAUCCAACAAGCAUAACACUGUAAAUUUCAUCAAAAUCAGCUUUAAAAUAGUGUUGAUGUUCUAAAAUUUUGCUUAAUUUCACAAUAUAGUUAUAUGCACAUUCUAGCUGGUAUACAAAAUAGCAGACUGAUUACAUCACCCACUCACUAUUUCUUUUGUAUUUUACUAUAUGAAAAAAAAAGGAAUAUUGUAUAAUUCAAACAAUGAAAAACAAAAGAAAUUGUGAGUGAGGGACAUCAUUGACUAUUUCAUUUGCAUGUCACUGAGUUGUGCAUAUAACUGUUUUGUGAAAGAUAAGCGAAACUUCAAAAUGUCAUAACUUUCUUAUUGUACAUCUGAUUUUGAUGAAAUUUUCGGCAUGCUUGUUUGAUUUUUCUCUAUUGAUUCCAAUGAACAAUUUUCUAGGGUGGAUUUGAGUCCUUUAAGUUGAUGUGGUCGGGUUGAAGUGAGUAAUCAUAGAUGUGAUAAAUGUCAUGAAGUUUUGUGAAACAUCCCUCAUUCUUUCUCUUCAGUUUAUUUAAACUUAAAUUUGAUAGCAUGAAUUUCUGAAGUCUUACAUUGUGACGUUAUGUUUGAAGGGAUUGUUUUCAUGUUUAAACAAAGCUGUCCCAAUUAAAAUUUACUGCUGUAAAAACAAUUCUUGUUUUAUUCAAUGAAGACAAAUGACUGAAAAUGCUGUUUAGUCGGUUUUUAAUAACUUCUUGAAUAAUAUAACUACACUGUAUAUUUGUGGCCCAUUUAUUUAGAAUAUAAUUGUAAGUAAUAUUGCCAGGGCAUGGUUAAGUACACUUUCUUUUCUUUUAUAUUUAUUAACGUUGUGCCCAUCUAGGCAGCUUUUGAUUUACAAGAUACUUUGUAAUACUUGGGCCGUGCACCUGAAAUGGGGGUGCUCUUAUUCUCAGACUGCACAACACCAAGACAGCCUUGGAAAUAUCUGUCUCAUAAGCUGAAUAACAAAUCAUAAUUCCAGCGCUUACUAUGUGAUGCGAUUCAAUUGCACUAAGAUCCGUUUGGUAAGUGCACACAUUGCAACAGCCAAAGACAGCUCCAUUGCACCUGCAUUCUACAUUUAUGUUGUCUGCACUUAAGCAGCGCAGCUAAUUGGUUGUGACAUGAUCGUCUAGGACAUUAUCUGAUUGGCUCCGAUUAUCAAAAUUACAGAAGAAUCACAGGGAAGAUAUGAUAUGUCAAAUGUCUGAGAUUUGGUCUGCGAACCUUCUGCCACAAAUAGUGCAGUGUAAUUUUGUUGCUAUCUGAUCUUAAUACAUUUGAAGUGUGCACUGGCCUUAAAACUGUGAUAUGUUUAGUGCUUGCAAUAGGAUAUUAUUCCUACUCAAGUGUUUGAUUGUUUUUAUUAUACUAUUAGUUGUAGACAUAGUUUUAAUGUAGUUGUAUCAUAUUUUUGCACCAUUAACUGAACAGCCACUAUGAGAAUGAAACAUGGCAAUGAUAGACCCAAAAUAUAGAGGUACAUGUAAAGGGAGUCUUGGCACUGUUUUAUAUUCUUGUUAACUUAAAAAAUUCUUUAUCAGAUCAUUGUUUACAUUAUGAUUAUGACAAUAAUAGAGUUAUUCUUGUAUUGUAACAUGUAUCCAGCUCAUUGUGGAAACAUGUUAUGAUAUCAGAGAAGAAUUCAGGUACGAAUAGUUUAUAUGGAUUCUUGUUCAUGUAAAUGUACGUAUUAUAAGGCAUUUUUUACCAUGAACUGAAGGAACAAGAAUAUGUGUUAAAGAUUUGUGAAUUAUAAAUAGUAAA